GUUCUUACUUACAUUUUUCAAGCAAGUUGUGCUGAAACUUCCAUCUGUGGCCAUAUAUUUGACAAUAGCACGCACAAAAUCAACACCACGCUUUGCUGAGGACAUUUUACAGGUUUUUCCUCACGCGCACGACAGCAGAGCCGCCAACUGCGAUGGAUAUGAAUGAAAUUUCAACAAUUUCCCAUCGGAAGCAGAAGAUUACGCAACGAUUCUGCCUGAGGACGUCACCGUGUGGACGCUACUACUGCCUCAUGCUGGCUGGAACGGCAGUAAUCAAUAGGAUAGCUCAUGCACCAACAGCUGAUCAUGCCAGCAUCAACUUCCACGUGAGCCAACUACAGUGCCCUGAGAGUAUUGCAUCGCAGACUCUUCCGCGGGACUUGGAGACAAUUUACGAAGCAUCCACGCACGAUGAGAAGACGUCAUUGGUGCUCAAUCCACUCAUGUGCUACAAAUACGCUGAAAAUAUCAGCAUCCUCCUGACUGAUCUGCAGGUAUCGCCAAGUCUUCAUGGGCGUGCCAAUGAGCUCCUAAUUGCAUCCCAAAACUCCAUGGGAUGCGUGCACUUCUUCGCCCCGCCCGUUGUGUGGCGGAAGUGGAUUUUAGUCCUGGAUGUGGCGAAGGAACUCAUUGAGCGUCGUCACAGUGUGAGUAUCAUUAGAACCUACAGAGAUUUCGAAGUGGCCAUUGAAGAUCACGUAAUAUCCGCUUUUUGCUGGACAAUGACAAAUCACGAGAGGAUCUAUAAGUUCUGUGUUGUGGUCAGGAGUGGUGUAGCAAUUUUCUGCACCUUCAACAGGGAUCGGAUGGAGAUUGAGUUUGAGAGUAAUUUGGAAAUUGCAAAUGUCACCAAACUCCAUUGGUUUCAAUUUCAUCGGCAAAACUAUUUGGUGGCUGCUGCUGCCACGGGGCAGAUUCAUCUCAUGAAUGUCGAUGCAGAGGCAAAGCAAUGCACGAGUGUUGCUGAAUUGUGGACUGAUUGUGAUCAUCUAGCUGUUGAGCAUUUGGAGGUGAACACCGAGAGGGAAGAUGCUCUCCUCUUGUUCGUCAAAGAUUGCUUCCUUGUGACGUUUGUCCUCAAUGAGGAAGAGAAGAUUUUCUGUCGCUACGUUGAAUUGGGCAGGACACCAAUUGUGGGGCUAACCCCCGUCAAUUCCUGGGAAUAUCUCAUCAUCUGCGCGGACAGGCACACAAAAUUAGUUCGUAUUAGUGCAACAGAUGCAGAGAUUGACAUUCAAGAGUUGGAAGUGAAGAGUAAUCUCCAGGAGAAGUAUACCUUUGCCGGAGCAGUUGCUUCGCCCCAUCGGGUGUUUUGGAUGUUUGCCGGGGAACUUCUUGAGCCUCAUGAUUCCCACAAUCCAGCUGUUUCAUCAGUCAUUGUGACCACAUCGACAUUCAUUGAUGGAAACUGCCCACUAGACAUCCUCUCGCGCACAUCGAAAGAUCCCAUCUCUUUGGCGGAUUGUCAGGAAGCCCUGCGCAUCCGGUGGUUCAAGGAAUCCGAUGUGGAUCCCUACUAUAUUGAUCUCGUGGCACAACCACUGCACGAUGACGUUGCAUCCGUGAUAAAUCUCCGGAAGAGAUUAAUUUAUCUGGGAGCAAGAUCGGGUUCACUGAAAUACGGCUACCAGGCACAAGCCUUGCACUUCCUGGAGGAAUUCCGCUACAUUCUCCGUGUUCUGGUGGUUAUGCACAUGCACAGGAAUCUCCUGAAGCUCCGUAGACGACAUCAGGUGACGAAUAAACUCACAAAACUCCAAGUAAAUGCCGUGAAGCACUUCAAAGUAGCCAUCCGGGAGUUUCUCUUGACACCCAUUCCCGAAGAGUAUGCUCCUGGUCUUGAGUCACUACGAGGUAUCCUUGAGCAAACCAUGCAGGACGUAAAGGAGCCAAAAUGCAUCCUCAUACUCUGCCAAUUGUGCCAGGGGGAAGUCAAUGAGGACACACUAAUCUGUGCAGAUGGCCAUGAAAUGCGUCGAUGUGUCCUGACCAAUUUUCCGAUCUUUAUACUGAAUGAAGCCAUUUGUCCACAAUGCAAUCAACUAAUCCUCAAGGAUCGUCCCAUAUUGACUGAAAUCCUCCUCCUGGACGCCAAUGAGGAGAUAAAAUGUCCCAUUUGUGAUGUAGUUGUCGAUGUAGAUUAGAUUAAAUAAGUUUUUUUUAAUUAAAUUUGAAAAUCAAACAUA